CGCCGUUGCGUGCGUACGGAAGCAUUGCAUUCGUUUAGGUUCCUAUAUUUCAGACAGGCCAGACUCGGUUGAUCCGGCUGCUGCCCCCUUUGCUUUCGUGUUCCUCCCGACGUCUUUGGCCGCAGAAUCAGUGUCCGGUGCACACUCUGCGUUGCUCGCACAGAAAAUUCCUCACUUCCGUUCAUACCACACCACACACACCUUUCACCACCAUGCCCCGCCGCCAGCCCCCGAGUGCCCUCCGCCUCCACGUCGGGCCCCUUCCGCCCCGCGGCAAGCCCAAGCACACCAUGCCCUCGCUCCCGCGCCCCGCCUUCCACGGGCCCGCGCCCACCGUCACGACGGCCGCCGGCCCCGUCCCCCGCGCGCGCAUGACCCACACCGACCUGCCUGCGCUCGCGAUCCCCUCACCCGCCACAGGCGGCUUCUCCGCGCCCACCGCCACGGCCGCGACCGCGAUGUCGACCGCGUUCGAGGGCAACACGUGGAGCGGGCCGAGCUCGCCGACGUCGGCCGAGUCGACGGCGAGCAGGAAGAGGAGCAGGGAGUUCAUCAGGGGGCCUUGGGACCACUCGGGCGCGAUCCGCGUGCCGUUCGACGUCGGGGCGGUGCUGCCGCCCCCGAUGCCUGCGGCGAUCAACGUGAGAGGGGCGGAAGAGGGUGCUGCGAAGAGGCCGUGGGCCGUCUGAUGGGUGUGAGGGAGAGGAUUGGGGGACAUGCGUAGCGUCGAUUGUUUGUAUGCUUGGUCGUAUGAGAGCAGCGGUCGCUGUCGUGGUCCUCCAUUUACCUCUGUGUUUUCGCGUGAUGAGAUGAAGCCGGAGUUGAGGGUGAUACAAUGAACGACCCAUAUAUUGCCCCAGAUCGAUCUUAUUUACAACCGCUGUGGUAGAGGGACUCAGGUCGGGAUGGUCAUGGAUGAACGAAACAUCCAGAAGACGGUAUGUCGGCCUAGAUGAUUACUUCUUGGCCCCAGACUUCUUGAUGCCGCCACCAGGAGCACCCCCCUUCGCAGCCUUGUCGCGCGCGGCCUUGAUAGCGGCCUCCUCGGCUUUCUUCCUCUGCUGGAAGGCGAGGUCCUCCUCGUCCAACUCCUUCUUCUCCUUCUUCGGGGCCUUGAGUGGCUUGGCCUUGCCUCCUUGCCUGCUGGACAUGAUUGUAGUGCACUUUGGACGAGUGAGACGCCCGUUGCGCACAGAUUAGCAGGCGGCCU